AGAAUCCACAUCUUCCCGCGCCAAGGCCGAAUCCCUAAAGCAGUGAACCCUAAUAAGAACGGCUCCGCCUCUUCGACUCUUCGGAUCGCCCAACCCAUCUCUUCCCCUGCCGCCCUCGUCCCGAAGAUAAUGGAUACAUCGAGUCCUGCAGUUUUUGUUAAUGCCGAGAUUCUGAAAAUGUAUCUGGGAAGGAGAGUUCGGGCGGUGAUUCAAGUGAUGCGAAAUGACGCUGGGGUUAUUGUGGGACAAUCAACUGAUGGGAAUCAAAUAACCGUUAAGGGCGCUCAGGCCGUCCCUCCGUCUCAUUAUGUGGAGGUCAUUGGAAUUGCUGAUGGAAGUCAGUCGAUUAGAGCUGAAAUUUGUACCGACUUUGGCCAAUCAUUUGAUAUGUCAGCUUACAAUGGGCUCUGCCAGCUUGCAAAUGGCAAAUUCAAGAAUCUAUUCCUUUAGUGCAGUGCUGGAUGUUAUUCAACUGUGCUGCAAACCCAAAUUGAUCGACUUGUUAGGAAGGAUCAGAUCCUUUUAUGUUGAUGCUUCUUUCUUGUAAUGUAGGCUCUGUCAUCAGAACCUAUUGUGAAGAACUCCUAUUGUCUUGUGAAUUUGGAGAGUUGAGUAUUCAUACUUUUGCAGUAACAUAUUCUUCAUCUUAGGGAUCAAAGGUUUUGUCUGGUGAGAGUAGUUUGUGGUCAAUGAAACGUUAUGCUAAUGCAUUGCACUCAAAAAUCUUUU